AUCAUGACAGCAACAGUGGAGACAGUAAUGGAACAGCUGGACCUGGCUCCAAUGAUCAUGUCUGAGCGUGUUGUACCAGCUGUCGCUCGGGCUGUCACUCUCACAGACACCGAUGUUGCAACAGCAAAAGUACAAGUAGCAAGGCCGAACUUGGUGGGAGAGAAUGAUCAGCCGGUAGAUGCCCCUGAGGAAGACAUGGAUGACUUCUGGCACACUUCUGUUGGAAAGUUUCGCUUCACAAUUGAAGAGCUUCCACACCAACUGCAGUAUAUACACACACUUCUUAAGGAGUUACCGAAAACAGAAGAACCUGAUGUUUUGUACUACAUGCUCCAGUGUCUUCAUCUGAUGGUGUUACACGGAGAUGCUCUAAACAAAGCUGUGAAAGACCACAGGGGCUUCAUCAUUUGGUGUCAAGAAAAUUUGAUAAUUAAAAACCUAUGGGACAUCUGCAAUGCAGAACAUUCUCACAUAUGUGAAAGCUGUGUGCCAAUUCUAUUGCACUGUAUCACACUACCAUCUGGCUCUGACGUCUUCUGGAGAGUCAUCCAGGACGAGUUUCACAGCCCUGAUUGGAGAGUACGAUUUGUUGCAGUGGAAAGGGUAACAGUAAUCGCACGGUUCAUGGACUCAACCCCUCUACGGGCAGUGAUGCCUCUACAAGCUGCUUUAGCUAAUGCCUUCUGUUAUCUUAUCUCCAGUAUGGAUGACCCUAAUAUACAAGUGGCUCAGAGAGCCACUCUCUACUUAGGGACAGUGCAUGACACUGCCAUACAGUCGCUGAUAAUGUGCCUGGAGACCCAGUUUGACUCUGUGAUUGUGGACCGCCCUAUGGUGCUCCAGUCUCUCUAUCAGCUUCACAAUAGUCUCAGUGACCGUAAGAUUCUCUCUUGGGAAUUUUUCCUCAACCGCUUUGAUGCUCUCUUCCUGGAGGCACAACUCAACCUUGAAAAAACAUCUGGUGAUAUUUCAUAUCUCCGAGACCUGCGCAACACGGAUAUGAAGAGUGAGACGUUCAUGCGCAAGUUGCAACGUGCCCAGGAAGCUCUGUCUCAAUCAGAUGGUAGCUCCACCAAGACUCUGAGUGCCAGUUUCGGAACUAAAUGGCCGUACAAACGCACUAUGUCUGCCCCUGCCUCUAUGGUGCCCCGUCAAGACACCAAAGAAGAGAAGGAGAAAGUGUACAGCCGCCAGUAUUCUGCACCAAUUCUGAAGCGGAAAAGUUCUAGAUUUGGACUGGAUGGCCACAUUCAUGCUAUGAGUGCUUCCGUCGCAGAUGACAGCAACUUGGCAGGUUUCAUGCAUCGAGUUGUGGAUCUGGAGGAAUCUGACAGGGAAACUAUGCACCUUCUUGUAUUUUUGUUGAUGCAGUUUUUGUCCCGCUCAGAUCAGGCCUAUCCUAGUGACGAGAAGUACCAAGCCAAAACUCAGACAAUUGUACUGCGCCAUCUUUAUCUGCUUCUUGGCUACAAUCAAAAUGAGAGGGGUUUCCAUGUGCCUCCAAAUCGACUGAGACAAUCUCCUGUAUUCAAUGUAUUCAUCGCCAACCUGCCACAGUUACUGGACCAGAAUCAUCUCAUGGGUUGGAUGGUGAUCCCGACGUGUACAGUGCUGCUGCAGUAUUGUCCCUGUCCUUCUCACCACAGCACUGAGUGUCAGCCUCACCCUCACCCCACCUACAGCCUCUGGUAUCUGGAGCCUCACACUCGGCGCUCAUGGCUCAUGGCCCUUCUUGUCAUCCUCUACAAGUAUCAAUAUAAUCAACAACCAUUAUGUUCACAAUUGCAAGCAUUAGUGAAGAUUGUAAUAAACACACUGGACUCUCAACACCACAUAUGUCGCAGGAUCCCCCCUACAGUAGUCAUGGGUGGUCCUCCAUCUCGUUCCAGAGAUGUCAGUCAGCCAUCUCUGGGUGUAGAGGGGGAGCACGGACCGAGGGAAGGGGUGGAAAACACCUCCCCUCUCUCCUAUGUAUUCAGGAGCCGAUGGCUCAGGUCAUGUAUCGGUCAGCACAUGUCGAGGAAAAACCUCUGCCGUCUACCACCAGAAGUCUCCGGGGUCCAUGGAGACCCACUGGGAGGAAGAUGUACACUCCCUCAAGGGCAAGAGGAACCUGGAGGCUGGAUACUCCACAGAAGCUGAAGAGACAGAGUCUGAACUUGCGGCAAUCCCUGAAAGCAAGUCUGACAGCACAGCUCAUGGCAGUUCACAGGGUUCAUUUGAGGAUGAUAGAGCUGAGGAUGUGGAUGGGAAGAAAAAAAUCA